AUGCCAGCUGCCUGCUUAAGCACGCAGAAGGCAAUUAUCUGCACGAUUAUUGAGCGCAGUUGUUUCUCUAGCUGCCUGUGCUUGGAAGAGGAGCCAAUUAUUAGGACGUUUGAAGCGCGGUUCAGAAGCAAGUGGCGGUCAUUAUUGCUCAUAGCAGGGUGCUUAAGCAAGCAGGAGCAUUAUUGCUUGGCCGACAUUAUCGGGACGAUUAUUGUGCGCGGCUAUUUCUCAUCUACUAUGCCAACGGCCUGUUUAAGCAAGCAGGAGCCACAGUUCACAAGCACGCGGCGGCCAUUCAGGGUGCUUAAGCAAGCAGGAGGCGACCAUUAUUGCUUGUCCCAAAGCACGAAGGAGGUGGCAAGCAGGCAUUGUCACAGCAGGUUGUUUGGCCAAGCAUACAGGCAUUGCCCUUCUCUGUUAUGA